UCCCUUUUCACACUGCGUUUUCUUCCACCCUUAUAAAGGUUACUUCUUUCUUUCCCUUGAUCUUCGUUUUCUUCUUUGUAGACUUUUUUAGGUGACCAGAAUCCCCAAAAGCUGCCGUGUAGGGACUUCUCUUCCUCCCCUGAACUUUGGACUCAUACUUCUCUCAAGUCUUCAACUUUUUGAGGCUAUGGGUUAAGAGUGCUCUCCUAGACUCUUGUUAUUCUCACUCAACAACAACUUUAUUGGAUCAGAAGUUUCCAUUUGCAUAAGCAGUCGAACCGGGCGCAAUGGUGUGCUUUCCAUUCCACUAUGGUGGAGAGAAGAAGGAUGAACCAAAAGGCUUGAAAUCAAUGUCAGGUCGAUCAGACUGCUCUACUUAUGUGGAGACUGAGGUUAGAAGAUCUGGUUCUGAGUUGAAUUCGCAGGAUGUCUCGGAGAAUGGCAGCUCAGAUUCCCUCAGGAGGAAUUCCACUCCUAGUUUCUCCCAAAGACCUAGCAACCUUAGAGUGUUCACCGUAUCCGAACUCAAGUCUGCCACAAAGAAUUUCAGCCGCUCGGUUAUGCUUGGAGAGGGCGGGUUUGGGUGUGUCUACUAUGCGUUGAUCAAGAGUUUAGAGGAUCCUUCCAGAAAAAUUCAAGUUGCUGUUAAACAACUCAGUAAAAGGGGAAUGCAGGGGCAUAGAGAAUGGGUCACAGAAGUGAAUGUUCUUGGUGUUGUCGAGCAUCCCAAUCUUGUGAAACUAGUGGGAUAUUGUGCCGAUGAUGAUGAAAGAGGAAUCCAGCGGCUUCUGAUUUAUGAAUACAUGCCAAACAGAAGUGUGGAACACCAUUUGUCUCAUCGAUCUGAGACUCCUCUCUCGUGGAGUAGGAGAAUGAAAAUAGCCCAAGAUGCUGCCCGUGGAUUAACAUACCUACAUGAGGAAAUGGAUUUUCAGAUCAUUUUCAGAGAUUUCAAAUCUUCGAAUAUCCUUCUCGAUGAAAAGUGGAACGCAAAGCUAUCGGACUUUGGGUUAGCAAGAUUGGGACCAUCGGAUGGACUAACUCAUGUCUCAACAGCGGUUGUAGGAACAAUGGGGUAUGCAGCUCCUGAAUACAUCCAAACCGGACGUCUGACAUCAAAGAAUGAUGUGUGGAGCUACGGCGUCUUCCUUUACGAGCUCAUUACUGGCAGGCGCCCUAUCGAUCGAAAUCGCCCCAGGGGUGAGCAGAAGAUGUUGGAAUGGAUAAGGCCAUACCUAGCAGAUGGGAAGAAAUUUCAACUAAUAUUGGAUCCAAGACUCGACAAGAAGCAAGUCUUCAAGCCAGCACAAAAACUCGCUUUAAUAGCUAACCGAUGCCUUGUCAGGAACCCAAAGAAUCGCCCGAAGAUGAGCGAGGUGUUGCAAAUGGUGAAUGGUUUAGUAGAGUCUUCAUCUGGUGCUAGUCCACAGGUACCCUUGAAGAGUGCGGCGAAAACAAACAAAGCUUCCGAGGACAAUGAAAUACAUAACAAGAAACGGACCAUGGAUAUGAAAUCUGGUGAGAGCAAUUGGUUUGUUAGGAUCUUUAGACAAAAGCUGGUAAAAUCAUGUUGAUCAUUGGUCUUCAUGAUAAGCAAAGAAGACUUCAUGCAUAUUUUUCCAAUAUGCCAUGUUUUAACAAAACAUGUCCAAAGUUUCCUCCACAGAAGUUAAUGAAAAUCUUGCCUUCUAUCUUUUCAAGUUAUUUAGGAAAUUUUCAGGGAUUCUGUCAACAAUUUUAGAGGACUAGGAAUGAUUCCUAUGUUACUAGACAGUUGAAUAUACGAUUAUAUUCAUUGAUGAGAAAACUGAAUGAUUUAUUAUUGUACAUAUAAAAUUCUAACUCAACAAUUUUCUUAUUACAAUAA